AUGACUUCUUCUUCCCCUUGUUGUAGUUGCGCUUGCAAUUCAUUAACUUUGUUGGUAAAGAAAUAUAGUGUUGAAUUUGGAGAUGGUGUGCUUUCGAAUUCAAAGCCGAAUAGCAGAACGUCCAAACAAGUGGGAGUGGCACUUUCAGUUUCUCAUUCGAGAAGGUCGACGGCGCUUCUGAUUUCAACGUUGCCGUUCAGCUUUGUUUGCCUAACUCAGCCAGCGGAGGCCAGACGCAACAAGAAGAACAUCCCCAUUGAUGAAUACCUAACUAGCCCUGAUGGAUUGAAAUACUAUGAUUUGGUUCAGGGCAAAGGUCCAAUAGCUGAAAAAGGAUCAACUGUUCAGGUGCACUUUGAUUGCCUAUAUCGUGGAAUUACAGCUAUAUCAAGUCGAGAAUCUAAACUCCUAGCUGGAAAUCGUAUCAUUGCUCAGCCGUAUGAAUUCACGGUGGGAGCUCCACCAGGAAAGGAAAGGAAGCGUGAAUUUGUAGACAACCCAAAUGGACUAUUCUCUGCACAAGCAGCACCAAAACCUCCACCUGCUAUGUAUACAAUAGUUGAAGGAAUGCGAGUUGGUGGAAAGCGAACCGUGAUUGUUCCUCCUGAAAAUGGGUAUGGACAGAGGGGAAUGAAUGAGAUUCCGCCUGGAGGUACAUUUGAACUAAAUGUUGAGCUUUUGCAAGUUGUAGCUACCUGAAAUGUGAGCCUUGACUUAUGAACAACUUUUUUAACUUCAGAAUUUGUACCCUGUGAGGCUACGGCUAUUCUUUUUCCAAUAACCCUUUUAAUUUAUUUAUUUUUUAUUUUCGAGUUGGGCGAGAAACUGUGCCUUUUAUUAUUAUUAUUAUUAUUAUUGCGAGAUUGUAAUGUACUCGUCUUCCUUUUUGUCGUGGCUGCAAUUUAAAA